CAUGCGCAGUAUGAAUAAAGAGGCGGCACGCGAGGCCUAGCAACGACAAACUGUUCUUCUGUCUUAUUUUCUCAAUGUCCUGUUAAUUUAAAUAAUAUCUUGACUCCGAGGGGAAACAACAAACCAAAAAAAUAUGGAGAUCGGAACUGAAAUCAGCAAGAAAAUAAGGACUGCUAUCAAAGGAAAGUUGCAAGAGCUCGGCGCUUAUGUGGACGAGGAGCUUCCGGAUUACAUCAUGGUCAUGGUGGCUAAUAAGAAGAACCCAAAGCAGAUGGCAGAUGACCUGUCCUUGUUUUUAGGCAACAAUACAAUCAAGUUCACCGUAUGGUUACAUGGUGUUCUGGACAAGCUCCGAUCGGUUGCAGUUGAGCCCACAUCCCUCCAUCCGUCCGUUCUGCACUCAGAGAAUAGCAUCCCUGCAGAAAACACCAGGAGGGGGGCGGAGCCUCGUGCUCUUGCUAUUUCCAGCUCACGUUCUGAUAAGCUGGAGGGACGUGUCUCAAGCUCCGCCCACGAGAACCGCACCAGCAGGAGAGGCUCUUCUGAAAGACCCUCCAGACUCACUUCAACUGUCAAACCGCUGAUGGAGGCGUCGUCAGAGGCUGUGAUUGACAUCAAGUCUGAUCUGGAUGAUGACCUCAUUGGCUACGACCCCCUGGAGCAGAGCUUGACCUCUCAGGCUUUAUACAGCCGCUCGAGUCUGGACAGACCACGGCCAGCGCUGGAGUCUUCGAGACAAACUGCGGAUGCUUACAGGUCCUCAAACGUCACUAGAGGUCAGGAAAGGUCUGGAUCCAGCCAUGGCCGGGUUUCCAGGAGCUCAGCGGAGAGCAGCAGGGAAUUGUCCCGGAAACGAAAGGCGCCUGUAGCCAGUUCAGUAGUUCGGGUUCACAGAGGUCAUGAACGCGGACAGGAGAGUGAUUAUCUGAAUGAGGAGGAGGAUGAAGAGGAGGAGGACUACGGUCUUGCCAGCAAAGUGUCUCUGCCAUCGAAACCUGAACGCAAACCUUCUCUCCCACCGGCCAAACAAGCCAACAGAAAUCUGAUCCUCAAAGCAAUCUCAGAAGCUCAGGAAUCCAUCAAUAAAACCACUACAUACACAGUUCCCCAGCAGCGGCAGACAGUUCCUGUGGCACCACGGACACGUUUGGCGAGAGACGAGAUGAAUAAUGCUGCGAUCCGAUUGGUCCAGGAGCACCUGCACGCUCUGACGCCCCAGGACACGCUGCACAACUCACAGUCCAUAGCUUUAGCAUCUCGUCUGCAGUUGGAGCUUCCCGAAGAGGACAGUCGAGAGCAGAUCAGUGAAAUCCAGCUGCAGGUUUUGGAGGCGGCGAGACUCAACGCUCUGGACACUCGUUCAUUUAUCAUGAGGAAACCAGUACUUGACCAGACUCCACCAGUGAGCAGCAGGCCUAGCACUGUCAAUCAAACUGAAGACCCACCCAUCACACCCCGAAUGGUGCAGGCCAGAGAGAGAGCGGAGGUCGUGGAAGCAGCGAGUCCAAAGUUCAUCGUGACAUUAGAUGGAGUUCCCAGUCCGUUAGCAAACUGCACUGAUCAGGUGGAGAUUGAGCCUGAGGACGAGUUCAAUACGACCUCUGACCUUCCCGAAAAUACUGGACCCAAACCUGCCGUCCACCUCAGACUCGGCACUGAGCUUCUAAACACUGGUGACAGAGAGUUAGAUGAGGUGGAGGCGGAGGCCAUGGACAUAGAGUCGCUUCAGGCUGCACGACAGAAACUUCCAGAACGCUGCAAGUUUUGGCCUGCGUGCAAGAUUGGAGACGAGUGUCUGUACCAUCACCCCAACACACCGUGCAAAAUGUUUCCCAACUGUAAAUUUGGCAACAAGUGUCUGUUCAUUCAUCCAAACUGUAAGUUUGAUGCUAAGUGCACCAAGAAGGACUGUCCAUUCACACACGUCAGCUGCAGACUCAACAACCCUACAAGAGCAGGUGUGUAAGAUGAAGAUGAAAUACACUGGGAUGUGUUAUAAAUGGCCGCUGACCUUUAAACUGUGACCUCUGACCCUGCAGAUCCGGCUCCAGCAAGCACCGUGUGCCAUUUCUUCCCAGAGUGUAAAAAGCUGGACUGUCCUUUCUACCACCCCAAACCAUGUAGAUUUGCUGCUCAGUGUAAGCGAGCGGGCUGUACUUUCUACCAUCCAGCGGUGGCAGUGCCACCCAGAAGUGCUCUGAAAUGGACCAAAACACAGAGCAG